CCCAUGAAAAUUCCGCCUGUGACAGACAAGUCAUUAAUUAGGGUUGUGGCAGCUCGACAGUCGAUAAGUUCGACUCGAUUGUCCUUGCCAAAAUAGUGUACAAUAACCUGGGGACGCUGUGCGCGGCGCUGUGUACCGGGGGUUGAGGUGGGGACUAAUCAGAAUUUUUAUUUGAUUGUAUUCGAUGAUCUGGGUAUAUAUAACUGAGCAAACCUUGAAGAAAAACCUGCAGGAAAUAUGAGUGCUGAGGAGUUUGCCAACUGCUUUGUGAAUGUUUUACGAUUGAUCAGUAAAUACUCUACUGAUUUUGAUGCUGGAAGUAUAGCUGUUAUCUGGACGACUUUCAUCAUUAUCAGCAUUGUUUCUACAGCCCUUCUCUGGGUGAAGGGAUCGCCUAGUGCGUUGAAGUAUUUUUUUAAUCAUCAGAAUAGAAUAAACAAUGAAUUUCCUCGGAACAUCAACAAGAAAAAUUAUAGAAUUUCAAAAGUCGAAAAUUCAGAAUGCAGAGAGAACGAUCAGAAAAAUACAAUCAUGGUGGAUUACAGGAGGAGUGCACGAGAGCUGCACACAGCUGCUGAAAGAUGUUACCUGGACGAAUACGUGGCCAAGUGCAUCGAUAUUGUGUCCAAGUACCCUCUCCUGGUGAACGUGAAGUGUCCCAUCAGUGGAUUGACUCCUUUUCAUCGAGUUUGCUACCAGAGAAACUCUUGUCUCAUCUCUUUCAUGCUGAGCCAUGGUGCUGAUUGCUCUAUCACUACAUCAAGCAAAGAAGAUGCUCUUUGUCUAGCCAUUCGUUCGUACCUGCAGGCUCCAAGUGUCACAGAUCUCUCGUGUCUCAAGAUUUUGCAGGAAGCAGGUGAUGAAGAAUUGAUGACUAAAGAUCGUUCAUGUCAUGUUAUUGACAAUUUAAGAAAUUCUUUAAACAUUAAAUUUCCUCACCGAUUUCUCGGAUUUUUCAGGAUGUUAUCUCGAUCGAUCGCACAAAUGGUAUUCAUUAUUCCUGGAAUCUGCUAUUCUCACUGCUAACAAACCCCUCAUCUUCUGGAUCUUCGAGCAAUUGCCCUCUCCAGUCCAGAAACACAAGUCAUUUCCAUGAAAAAAUCAUCUCCAAUCAUAAUACUUUAUAUUAUUAAUAUAAUGACAAUAAUAAAAAAUACAGAGACAUUCA